AUGGCACCAUCUACAAAUGGUCGACGGUCUUCAACCACGAGUUCAGAUUCACGUCCGCUUACCCUGCCUGAAGAACAGCAGCAUUCCGACGACACAGUCCAACAAGAUACCUCAACCCUACCAAGUCUUAUUCGAGAGGUCAGAGCUCGCAAAGCUGAAUAUAUCCGACCGCGCACAAUCCGCAUCAAGGUUGGAACAUGGAAUGUCGCCGCAUUAUCCGGGACGGAAAAGGACAUUGAAAAUUGGUUUGUCGAAGGGAAGGAUAUAAUACACCAUGUGACUGAUCAGGGGAGACAAUACCAUAAUUCCAAGCAAAGAAGGUCGACGUCCUCAGAAAGGUCCACUACCACACAAGCGCGUGAAAACCUGGCUGAAAAAUUGACGGAUGAAGUCGGGCUAUAUGUACUAGGGCUACAAGAAAUAGUCGAUCUUUCAUCGCCGGCUGUUACGCUAAGUCCUUUCAAUGACCCGGUUCCGUCGACUCGUUGGAAAAAUGUUGUUCAGGAAGCACUUCCUGCUGGAUAUCAACUGGUCGCUGAAUCCCAGUUAGUCGGGCUUUUGCUCUUGGUGUAUGCCGCACCCAAUGUUGCGCCUACAAUCACUUCUGUGAGCUCCACCACCGUGGGCACGGGUAUCAUGGGCAUGGGGAAUAAAGGAGCUACAAUAACGCGUCUUGUACUAGGAGAGACCACACGGCUAGUAUUUGUUAACUGUCACCUAGCAGCAGGCUCCGAUAAGGGCAGCCUUGACCGGCGAAACUGGGAUGCUGGGCAGAUCGUCAGCCGCACUAAGUUUAAUCCUAUUGGGAUAGACCACGAGCUUUAUGGGGAGCCUAGUGACACAAUUGCCAGUGCAGACUUUGCUUUUUGGUUCGGCGACUUGAACUAUCGCCUAGAUGAUAUCCCAGGAGAAGAUAUCCGUCGUCUUCUCUCAUUACAUACUCAAAAUCCGUAUGAUGCAAAGCAUAAGCACCGAAAGAAGCCGGACACCGAUCUCCCCUCACCUAUCCUGGUGGUCGAUUCAGAAACUGAGACUACUGAAGAAGAAGUUCAGAAACAAACCGUUGAUCAAACUGCUGAGAAUCCAAGGCUGACUGCGGAGGUGCUGGAAGCUGAAGCACAAAAAACCACAAUUGUGCCCACAACCAUAGUAGAGACUUCAGAUCCGCUCAACGAUCCAACAUCCCUCCUGACGACUCUCAACUCUUUACUAAGUCAUGAUCAGCUUCGUAAUCAGCAAAUGAAGAAAAAGGCAUUUCACGAAGGGUGGAGAGAGGGAGAAAUCUAUUUUCUGCCAACUUAUAAGUAUGAUGUGGGCAGUGUUGCCAUCUUUGAUACCAGUGAAAAACAAAGGGGGCCAAGCUGGUGUGAUCGUAUACUUUAUAGAUCCAAGGCAGACCGCGAAGCCUAUGAGAAGGAGGUUAUGGAAGCCGAAAAAUCACGACAAAAGGAUGAAGAAAUGCAGAAUCGGGGAAUAGACAAGGCGGCCGACGAUGAAAACGUUUUGGAUUCUCAGGACGGGGCUUCAGAGCGCUCGUUGGGUACCCACGAUGACAAGCCGGAAGGGAAGAUUAAGUUGAUACACUAUACGUCACAUCAGGGUGUCCUUUCGUCUGAUCACAAACCUCUUGACGCAGCAUUUGUACUUACGUAUGAUGCAGUGAUACCAGAUCUGAGACGUCAAGUCUACCAAGAGGUCGCGAAAGAAUUAGAUAGGGCUGAAAAUGAAGCCCGACCAGAGGUGACGGUGGUUGUAGAUCCUCAUAUGGAAGAGAAUGAAGAACUGCCCCGUGAUGUAGCGUAUGAUCAAAAUGCGAUUUACUUUGGUGGAGUAGCAUUUGGUGUUCCCAUAUGCAAGAACGUGACGAUUGCGAACACAGGAAGUGUACCUGCCACUUUCUAUUUCACAUCAAAGGCCUUGAUUGAUGAAAGCUACUCGGAAUCCGAAGAAGCCAAGAGUGAUCGUCAAGCCUGGAUGGAUGUGCAGGUGGAAUGGCUGUCGGAUGAAAAGAGAAAGGAUGAGAAGAAGGAACGACCUCAAAAGACAUACACUUUCGCACCGGGAGAUUCAGCAGUUGCUGAAGUGACUGUGCAUGUCAAGGAUCUAGACCUUGUACGGUCAUUGAAUGCAGGCAAAGUCAAGAUUGAGGAGAUUUUGGUGCUUCGAGUGAUCGAAGGCAGGGAUCAUUUCAUUCCGGUAUACGGAAGAUGGUUACCAACCUGCUUUGGCCGAUCAUUAGAAGAACUGACGCAUAUUCCUGAAGCGGGCGUUCGCAGUCUCGGGUUCCCAACUUCGUUAGAUGCUAAGAAAGCUGAGGGCAAUGUUCGGUUGUCAGCUCCACGAGAGCUAUUCCGUCUUACAGAAGCGAUUUCUCGUCUUACUGAGCAAGCAGUAGCAGAAUGGAGCAUGAUGAAAGGUGAAGCUCAAGAUGAGACACCUCCGUGGUUGGUUCAGAGCUGCGGAGUGUGUUGGCCCUUUUGCCCCGGAUCGUGGACCUUUCGAGAUCAUAAUCAAAGAGCACCGUUUCUGUUUGCGGCCCGCGAAGCCCUCGAUAAUGGUAGUUCACUAAGCUCCAUCUUUCCACCAGAGGUAUCUUCUCUACCUCGAUUGGAAAUACUCGCUGAAACGCUCGUGUUCUUCUUAACAACACUCAAGGAUGGAAUCAUCAAACGUGAAACAUGGAAAAUUAUGGAACAGCAGCUUAUUUUGCGUGAAAGAUCUAAAGAUCCCUGGCGCUCUCCCGAGGACAUUCAGUCAUGGGUGCUAGACAGUCUCGCGCCAUCCCCAGCUCAUAGCGUAUCCUUUACCUUUUUGACAUUUAUGCUGAAUCAAAUCAUCAACGAAAUUGCUCCAGCAUCAAACCCGUCGGAAUUACCUCCUAUGCUCCAACCGCCAGCACCACCAACGCAAACAGACUCGAAGGUACCACCAGAAAAGAUCAUACCUAGCAUCUCAUCUCCAUCCCGUCGAAAACGAACAUUAACACUAAGCUCUACAGACUCAUCCAGUAGAGACACAAGCAAGGAAUACACCAGCACCGACGCCAACCUGACCAGGCCACCUGAUCAAAGACGCAAGGCUGUGGAGUUGGGAUUAUCAAGUUUAUUUUCGAACCUAAUGAUAUCGCCUGGUUCCACCGCACCUUCGAGAGAAAAGGAACGUCGGGCAUGGGAGGAGAGGAAGAGACUUGUCGUAGAGGCAUUUUUGCAACCUGUUAUAACACCUAAUGUGGAACAUCGGGUUGAUUAGAGUAGAUUGGGGGUUAACGCUGUGGCGAAAUUGUAGGAAGAUUUUUGUUCUGGUGAUUUAUACAGGUAUGAUAGGUUUUAGAGAAGAGCGGAGUUGAGACAUCCCCUUGGUUGUUUAGCAUUAUGUUAUAUAAAGUUGUCUUUAUUUCCUCCUUUUGGCACAGACAUUAUGUUUAAUACAUAUAUAUAUACAUCAUUCGCCGAGAUUAUAUGACCUAGUAAUAAAAUGGAAUCCUGAAAGAUCACUAGAGGCAGUGUUCCUCAUUAUGUCUCCUUCUUCACAGGCCGAAUCCCUGAAACCACAGCACUUUGCGAAGAGCCACCUAAAUACCGCUUCUCAGUCAUUGUCGACGGCUUCUGCAUCUGCUUGCCCUUGUUGAUCUUAGUAAGCCUCCGUUUCCCACCACCCAAAACAAGAAGAGUGGCCUCCUGCACACAAAACGAGGCCAUCUUCCCAGGUAACGAAAAAAGCUGCAUCAACACUCUAA